GGACUCCUCCCGCUUCCGCCGCCCCGGCCGCUGUGAGUCGUUGCUGAGUUGCUAUCUACUCUGAACCUCUCCGCUGCCGAUAUGCCGCUGGAGAACCUGGAGGAAGAGGGUCUACCCAAGAACCCCGACCUGCGCAUCGCACAGCUGCGUUUCCUGCUCAGCCUGCCAGAGCACCGCGGAGACGCGGCCGUGCGCGAUGAGCUGAUGGCGGCCGUCCGCGAUAACAACAUGGCUCCUUAUUAUGAAGCCUUGUGCAAAUCCCUUGACUGGCAGGUAGACAUGGACCUGCUCAGUAAGAUGAAGAAGGCAAAUGAAGAAGAGUUAAAACGUUUGGACGAGGAGCUGGAAGAUGCAGAGAAGAAUCUCGGAGAGAGCGAAAUCCGCGAUGCAAUGAUGGCGAAGGCCGAGUACCUGUGCCGGAUAGGUGACAAAGAGGGUGCUCUGACAGCCUUUCGCAAGACAUAUGACAAAACUGUGGCACUGGGUCAUCGAUUGGAUAUUGUCUUCUAUCUCCUUAGGAUUGGCUUAUUUUAUAUGGAUAAUGAUCUCAUCACACGAAACACCGAAAAGGCCAAAAGCUUAAUAGAGGAAGGAGGCGACUGGGACAGGAGAAACCGCUUAAAAGUAUAUCAAGGUCUUUAUUGUGUGGCUAUUCGUGAUUUCAAACAGGCAGCUGAACUCUUCCUUGACACUGUUUCAACAUUUACAUCCUAUGAGCUGAUGGAUUAUAAAACCUUUGUGACUUACACUGUCUACGUCAGCAUGAUUGCCUUAGAAAGACCAGAUCUCAGGGAAAAGGUUAUUAAAGGAGCAGAGAUUCUUGAAGUGUUGCACAGUCUUCCAGCAGUUCGGCAGUAUCUGUUUUCACUCUAUGAAUGUCGUUACUCAGUUUUCUUCCAGUCCUUAGCUGUUGUGGAACAGGAAAUGAAAAAGGACUGGCUUUUUGCUCCUCAUUACCGGUACUAUGUGAGAGAAAUGAGAAUUCAUGCAUACAGCCAGCUGCUAGAAUCAUAUAGGUCAUUAACCCUCGGCUAUAUGGCAGAAGCCUUUGGUGUUGGCGUGGAAUUCAUUGAUCAUCCCAGAACAAGACUUGCAAAUGGGUUUAACAGCUGUGUUCCAGAAGUGCAGCUGUUUACCUGGAAUACAAAUAUAAGGAACUCUCCAGAUUUAUUGCUGCUGGAAGACUACACUGCAAAAUAGAUAAAGUGAAUGAAAUAGUGGAAACCAACAGACCUGAUAGCAAGAACUGGCAGUACCAAGAAACUAUCAAGAAAGGAGAUCUGCUACUGAACAGAGUUCAGAAACUUUCCAGAGUAAUUAAUAUGUAAAACCAUGUAAACAAAGGAUUUCCUUUGAAGAUAAUUACUUGGAAUUUUUAUAGCUUAACUAUGUGUCCAAUUCAACUAAAAUAAAUACUGUGUUGUUU